AUGCGUAUUGAGGAGUAUGAAGAAAAGUAUGAAAAAAUUUUCAACAAUGUCUCAACUGAAAAGAAUGAUAUGGAAGAUAUUAUUUUUCAUUGUCUAUCGAAGUUCCCUGAAGACAAUAAAACGAAGGAGAUGAUAAGAAAGUUUAGAGACAUAUUUUCAACUACACUUUUUUCUAGUCGAGAGAAAUCAGAAACUAUUAAGGAGAGAACUGAAGUCAAAUCAGAUAGAGAUGAAGAGCUUAAUAAAACAAACAUUUCUGAUUCUGAUGAUGAUAAAGAUGAAGGAAUGAAUACAAAGUUGGUUGCAUUUUUAGCUGUUAAACCAUUACAACAGAAGUUUCCAGAGAAUGAAGAAACACAAGAAGAAGAUCAAGAUAUGAAUGUUGAUGACCGAAUAAAUUUGGGUUUUGAGAAUAAUAUUGGCGAGGAAACGAUUAGACAUCCGCAUAAUCCAGAAAGACAAAUAGAAUUUGAAGGCAUAAAUGUUGAUGACAAAAUAAAUUUGGCUUCAGGGGAGGGGAAUAUUGUAGAGAAGGUGGUUGGAGACAACAUAGGUGAGAGCUCAAUUGUUACACCAAAACACAAUCCAAAAGAAACUGGUGAUAAUUCUGAGGGUAAUGAUGAAGAUGGAGAAUUAGAAGGGAAUGAAGAGCAUAUUUUAGAUGAGAAAGGGAAAAAGGGUCAGAAUGUGAAUGAAAGAGGGAAAAGGAAGGUGACUAAUCCAGAUAUUUUUAGAUCACCUUUUGUGAAUAGGGUAAUUGACUUAAGUGAAAAAGUCAGUACUGAGCAAGAGAUAAUGGCGCAAAUCAUGUUUAGAUGCGUUGCAGACAAAGAUCCAAUGGAAAUGCUGUUUGAAACUGAGUCUGGAGACAUAAUGGAUAGGGUGCAUUUUGAGGGUAUGCGUCCAAAUCAUAAGAUACAUCCUUUCGUUAUUGAUUGUUGGGCUGCUGUUCUUAAUUUUGAAGAAGAAAACCUGAGAAACAAAAAAUCACCACCACGUGUCUUCUUCAACACUCAAAUUAUGACAGAAAAAUUACUGGAUUCUUCAAUACCUUUUGUUGAAAGAUCCCGACUUUUUGAUGAGGCUGUAAACAAUUACUUAUAUGACAUCAAAAGAAAAGUGGAUUUCAAUUCUAUUAAUCUGGUGUUUUUUCCAAUACACAACCGUGGUCAUUUUUAUUGUAUUCUUUUCAACCUUACAAAUCCAGAACAUAUAAUCAUUGACAACAUAAGAUACACCAAAAAAGUAGAAGAUGUCUAUGGAGAGAUUCCUAAACUUGUGCAAAUGUACUUUUCAAAGUUUUUGGACAACAAUCGGCGGGAUAAGGUUUCUUUGUUUAAAUCUAUGAAGCCAAAGAAAAUGAAAAUGGCAUGGCAAACAAAAACUAAGACAAAUGAUGAUGGUAUAUUUUUGAUGAGGCAUAUGGAAAAAUACAUGGGUGAGAAAGAAGAAAAAUGGGAUGUGGAACUGGGAGAAGAAAGUGUUAGGACAUCUAAAAAGAUUGCAAAGUUGCGUACAUUUUAUGUUUCUAAGCUAGCAAACCAUCAAAUCAACAAGCAGAGAAAAUUGAAUGUUACAGAAGCAUUGGAAUUUUCAAAACUUGAUAAGAAAACUAGGUGUAUGUUGGUGAAAGAAGGCAGUGAAGCAGGAGACAAUUUGGAAAUGAAGAAAGUUUGA